AUGUAUGAGAGGGGCUGGAGGCGCCGGCCGGCGUCCGAUGCUGGCGAGCCAACAGAGGUCACGUGGCGGAAUUUACUGUGCGAGCAGGUUAGGGAGUGGUCUGAGGAGGUGGUUGUGCGGUUUAUUGUGCCUCUGGCGUUUUGGGUGAUGGGACACGUGAAGUCGAGGAAGCCCCAUUUCAGGUUCAACCUGAGGUUCGGCGCAGACCGCCUGGGGCUUGCGUGGAGCUUUGGCCUCUUCUUCCUCAUCCGCAUGCUCAUGUACGGGCUGUCAUGGCUGUCACUGAUCUGCCUGUUAGCAUUGCAGACGGCAAUCGCAUACACGUGA